AUGUACGAACGCGCCAGCAACCACAACAGGCAGGACCCCACGGUGACGUUAGCCAGCGUGAUAUUCUAUCUGAAAGGAACGGCACGCGUGUGGUUCCGGACGGAUGAAGAAGAUCUUACAACAAGGUACGACUACGUCAUCGGUGCUUUCCCACCUGCUGUCAUCGCCAUCGUAAGGGACAUUCUGCGCUCUCCGCCUUCGGACACACCCUACGACACUCUUAAAACAGAGCUUAUACGCCGGACAACCGAGUCGGAACAGCGUAGGCUGCAGCAGCUACUCACCGCGGAGGAGCUCGGUGACCGAAAGCCCACGGAGCUUCUGCGUCGCAUGCGGCAUCUGAUUGGGGACCAGUCUGCUGCAUUGGACGCAUCCAUUCUACGGGAGCUCUUCCUACAGCGACUGCCACAGCAGGUGCGGAUGAUCUUGAGCGUGUCCUCCACAGAAACCCUCGACUCACUGGCACAAAUGGCCGACAAAAUUAUGGAUGUCGGCACCCCGGCCAUAUCUGGAAUCGAGAGACAACGUGACUCUUCCCUCUUUACACCGGUCCGCGACGACCGCUUGGACCGUCUCCUUCAAGCUAACGAGGAGCUCAGCCGCAAAGUGGACCAGCUGGCCGCUGAACUCAGCUCGCUUAAAGCCGACCACCGGGGCAGUGCGUCACGACAGCGACACCAAAGCCGCGACAGAUCACCAAGUCUGCCUCGCAGCGUCUGCUGGUACCACCGCCGAUAA